AGUGACUAACUGACUAGUGACUAGUGCCUAGUGAGGGCGAAUUACUGUCUAUGCCAUUGUUCUUAAAAAAUAAUUUUGGAAUUUUACAAGAGGUUAUACUGUAUUAAACGCUUGAGGUCACAUUAAAUUUAUAAAGUUAUAAAUCAUAAUGCUCGUGGAGUUGCCUGAUGACAACGAACAAAGUGAUAGCGGUAUGGAAUCUUUGACGGCUAGCAAAGAUGAUACUCCAGAACGUAGACCCGAAGAUACCUUCAUUACCCCUGCGUUAGGGACCUCUCCUACAGCAAGUAAUCCAGCCUUUUUGUCUCUCAAAGAAUAUGAUGAUGAACCAGAUGAAACUCUCACAGAGAGAUUAUGGGGAUUGACAGAGAUGUUUCCAGAUUGUGUUCGCAGUGGCACUUACACAGUAACUACAAAGACUUGGUCAGGGGUAAAGAACAUGUAUCAAUUGUCUCGAUCAUUAAUGUGGGUAGUGGCUAGUUCUUCAGUUAUCUUAUUUGCUCCAGUAAUAUUUGAAGUUGAACGGGCCCAAGUAGAGGAAAUGCAAAAGUCACAACAGAAACAGGUCUUAUUGGGAACUAACACAUCAAUGACAGGACCUAUGCCAAGCAUGCCUCCGAUGCCUCGAUAAAACCAAAUCAUACCAUAGAUUUCACUUAGUUCUGUUAUAAUACCUACAUAUUAUGGUAUACUUCAUAGAAAUGCUUUAAUUAUAGUUUAUUUAGGUAGCAUAUUUUUCAACAAUGUUAAAGAAAUAUUAUUUUUGGAACUCUGACACUGGUUAUCAGUUAAAUAUGCAUUUCAUAUUUCUAUUAAUUUACCUGUAUGUCUUGAUGACAAGUAAACUUUUGAUUUUGGGAAUGUAGAUAUUGUUUUGUUGAUACUUACCUAAUAGAGGAAUUUUAAUCUAA